CUCUUAUUUAAGACGCCAGGUUGCGUUCAGUAAUUGAUUGUCAAGUCUACCAAAAGAGAAAAAUGUUCGUACUUUUGCUCUGUGCAUUGCUGGCUGUAACUGAUGUGGCUUCCAGAACCUGUAAUGGAGAUGUUACAAAGCUAAAUCCCACUGGAUCGAAAAUUGGAGGCGUAGCUGAUUCUAACAAACAGGCCGAGAUUGAUGUCCCAGCUCUCACUAAACAGUUAGCGUGUUACCAGGCCUCUGCUGAUGCUAACUGUAUUCAAGCUUCUGUCAUUGCCGCCAUCGCCAGUAGAGAAUCUAGAGGCGGUACACUACUCAUUAACAGCUACGGUUACUCAAGCAAUGGUGCUUAUGGAAUCAUGCAGUGCGACAGUAAGUCAGGCUUACCCUGUAAUUCCGUCCCAUGGAACAGCUGUGCUCACAUUGAGAUGAUGGUCAAUAAACUCCUGGUGCCUUACAUCACAAAGGUUAGAUCUAAACUGACUAGCUGGACAAAAGAUCAAGCACUACAAGGUGGUGUGGCCGCCUACAACUUUGGUGUGAAGAACGUCUGGACCUGGUCAGGUGUUGAUGUGGGGACGACUGGUGGUGACUACAGCAAUGACGUCAUCGCCAGAGCCAAAUGGCUGUACUCAAAGGGGUGGAAUUAAAGAAGCCAGAAAGAGAAUGUCAUCCAAAACGUCUUUUCUCAAUGAUUCGUGAAAUUUGAAAACUUUACUUGGGAAUAUUUUUAAUGGACCAUUUUUAAAGCACUAUAGAUAAUUUAGCCAAUUCGAAAUAACGUAUAAUGUGUAAAUUAAAAUAUAAACGUAUAAGCUUUCGAAACUUUGUCAAUACUCUUGAGGGUUAAAUAAAAACAAAAUAAACGAAACUGGAUGUU